UUGUCAGCUGGUCCCUGCGACGUCAACUAUCUAACAAGACAACAACAACUAAACUUGCCACUAAUUACCAGCAGCGAGCUUUAAAAAUGAGUGAACCGAGGACUCUGACUGUACGGCACGAAGUUGACAAACUUUAACCAACAGCCUCAACCGCGUUUUCCAGCUCUGUUGGCAAGCCUCAUGAAAGGGAGUUAGCUAUUAGCUGUUGUGUUACCGACAUGGCUAUUAGAGAGAUGUCUAUACGGCAGAAAUACCGUCGCCCGCCGGCGAGCAUAAAGCAGGAGCAGGAAGACGAUUCGGACGCUGAAGAGACCCACCUGGGGCUGAGGAGACCAGACGGGCGGGAGUCUCAAAUCAUCCACAGCGGACACUUCAUGGUGUCUUCACCCCAUAGCGAGCACCCUCCGAAGAAAGGCUACGACUUCGACACUGUCAACAAACAGACCUGUCAGACCUAUCACUUUGGCAAAGCUAGCAUGUCGCACCUCUCCAUAGACGCUUCACUGACCAAACUCUUUGAGUGCAUGACUCUUGCGUACAGUGGUAAGUUGGUAUCUCCCAAAUGGAAGAACUUCAAAGGUUUAAAACUGCUUUGGAGAGACAAGAUCCGCCUCAACAACGCCAUAUGGAGAGCUUGGUAUAUGCAGUAUGUGGAGAAAAGGGAUAAUCCUGUCUGUCACUUUGUGACUCCCCUGGAUGGAAGUAUGGACUUGGACAUUCACCGUCCUGCUGAGGCUACUGCCACGGAAGGGAAAUGCUGGAAAAGAAGAAUUGAAAUUGUCAUAAGAGAAUACCACAAGUGGAGAACAUACUUUAAGAAAAGGUUACAGAAGCACAAGGAUGAGGACCUCUCAAGCCUGCUGAAGGGCCCAGAGGAGCAGUUAUCGCUGUUUGGGGAAGUCUCUCCAGACAUGCUCCGUGUCUCCUUUUAUCAGGAUGAAGAGACAGCAGCACGUCGUGGGCCUCGUAAGCAUAAUGAAACACCUGCUCCAAUGGAGAUGGAUCCCCUGUUCGACAUGGAUGUUCUGAUGUCUGAGUUUUCAGACACGUUGUUCUCUACGUUGGCCUCGCACCAGCCCAUAGCCUGGCCCAAUCCAAGGGAGAUUGCUCAUGCAGGAAACGCAGACAUGAUUCAACCAGGGCUCAUCCCCUUACAACCCAAUCUAGACUUCAUGGACUCCUUUGAUCCGCUACAAGACUUAUUUCACGGCCUCCGUCAACCCAGCUUCCCCUCUGUUUCCCCCACUGCAUCAUCUGUCACCCCUCUACCCAGCAGCAGCUCUCAGUCACAGGCCCAGUUAAUGUCUUCCAUGCAACUCACAACCAACCACAUCUCCCAUCCUGGCCCCCUGCCCAUCCCCUCUCCCAUGGCCAGUCAAACCAAUCGAACUGGUGGUGGUGAUGAUGCUGGAUAUGUACAAAACUACAUGUCUCUGUUUCCUGGGCAGGUGGCGCCCAGUGAUCAAGCAGUAGUUUCCUCAGUUUCUCAGCCAUUAUCCCAUGAUCCUCUGGCGCAGUGCCUCUCAGGUCAGGGCAUGGCCUCAGCAGCACCCAUGGUUCCCUCACCCUUGGACAACACCUCAGCGCUGGUUGAAACUGUACCACCAUCUGUGAUUACACACACAGCCUCCUCUACAGUCAAGCCCAGUGAUGCAGCCACCACCUUUAGCCAUGGCUCAGAGUAUAGCUCCAUAUCCACACAACCUCCAUCUCAAUUCCAGCCCUUGGCAUCAUUGCCUACCACUUCUGUCCAGCAACCUCAGACUUUUGCCAUGCCUCGCCCUUUUCAGCCAUCCAGUGCCAACAAAAACCACCCUGUGCAAAGGAUUGCUGCUGCUAACACCCUCCCCUCUUCCCACCUCCUCCUCACAGCUCCUUUCCCAGGUCAAACUUUUGCUGUGAUUGUUACACCAACACCUCUGAAAGCAGAUAUGGUCCCUAAUACUGGAGUGGUCAUUGCUCCUUCACAUCUUGCAGCGACUUCUGGAUUUCACGUCAUGCCUCAGACACAGAAGUCUCCUCAGCCGAUUGUCCCCAAAGAGGAGUCUUAUUCUUCCAGCCGCAAAAAUCAGAAAGCCCCCUCUAGUGGCGUUCACAGUCAGCCAGGAUCAGGUCAAGGCUCACCAUGUGGGUUGGAUCAAAUUCCCAGUCCCCAGUCACUGAUCAGCAGCAGCAGUAAACCUCUGGUAAAGAAUGAACAAAAUCAGAGCCGGAGGACACACAUAUCUGCAGAGCAGAAGAGACGAUCAAACAUAAAGAUUGGCUUCAAAACACUCUGCAACCUAGUUCCCACUCUGAAUUCACAAUCAAAUAUCAGUAAUGCAGUCACAUUGCAGAAGACGGUGGAUCACAUUGGGAAACUUCAGCAGGAGAGGCACCAGAUGCAGGAAGAUGUCAGGAGACUACAAGAGGAGAUAGAGAAGCUCAAUGCCUCCAUUAACUUGUAUCAGGAGCAGCUGCCUGCAACAGGGGUGCCCACCAGGCGGCAUCGCUUCGACCACAUGCAAGAGUUCAAUGAAUAUGUAAAGAACCGCACUCUUCAGAACUGGAAGUUCUGGAUUUUCAGCAUCAUCAUCAAGCCUCUCUUUGAGUCAUUCAAUGAGAUGGUGUCAACUACAAGCAGAGCAGAGCUGUAUCAGACCACACUGCAAUGGCUUGAUCGUCACUGCUCCCUUCCCGUGCUCAGACCCAUGGUGUUGAGAUCCCUUCGCCACCUGAGCACAACCACGUCCAUCCUUAGUGAUCCAUCCCUGCUCCCUGAAGAAGCCAUCCGGGCUGUCACACACACAGAUGUGUAGCAUCGCUCUCAGAGGAGGUGAGCUGGCCCAAAAGCAGCACGAACCUUUUAACAGCAAUCAGCAAAGUGACGUAUCACUAGUUUACCUUAUAGUCAUUCAGCAAGGUCACCACGUCUUCCACAGAUCCAUGGUUUCCUUGAGAAAUAAAGCAAGUUCUGUCUUACUUUUACUCUGUAUGUACGAUGGCCAUACAUCAGCUGUUACAUUGAUUUAUGGGAAUGAUGCACACAGGGAGCCCCACCUUGGAUGUUACAUUUUUUGCAAAUAAGCAAAAAUGGCUGAUAUCUAUUAUAUUUGAAUUACAGCAACUACUACUGGCUUCAUCUACUGUAGGUGAAGAUCUUCUAAAUACAAAGGUGGUACUUGCGGUUUGCUUUUUGAACUACAAAAUGUAUUUAAAUUUUAAUUUCUUUAUAAUGUAAAAACGCGACAUUGUUCUAAAAAGGGAAAUAUUGAGUGGUUGUUCAUUUAUGUGUCCUUUCUCAGAUGUAUAAAGUGUAUGGAUAUGAUGCUUUGAAAUGAGAUGAAUGUCAGAAUUUUUUUUUAGGCCUGGCGAGCAGGAUAGUUUGUGUUUUUGGAGGCUCUGAAACCUCCCAGAAAGACUUCAUACCAGAAUGUAGGGUCGCCUGACACAUGAUCAGGUUUGCUUAAUUACUACAAAAUAGAUGAGAGCUUUAUCACCCUUUCCAUCCCUCAUUUACUCAGGUGAAUGUCAUUUUGCAAGUCAACAAUAAUGGUCUCUUUGUGGUUUUCCGUCCAUGCUGAACGUCUUCCUUCAUGCUUUGCCUGCUCUGCCCAUUUCCAUUUAGUUCAAUUGUAGAUUGCACAAUAAAGCAGUUCUCUUAGAUACAGUAUGCUUUAUACAUGGGUUUCUACUGGGGGGUUCCUACUGGGCAGGUCACAGCAAAAUGGAGCAAUAUUACUUACAGCCCUCAUAGGGAGCUUAACUGAAAUAGCAGUACAGAUCGUAUAUAUACUAGAUUCACAAGUACAGUGUGACACGAUCUUAGCUGAAUACACAGUCUUUUCUGUUCUUGGUUGAUCACUCAGGGCUGCGCUGGUCAGCGUAAUUAUUUUCCAUUCAGUUAUGAACAAAUCGAGUCAGGAUCCUUCUCAGCAGGAAAACAUGGUGUCUGUAUGGGUACUGGUUACAUCACGAUUUAAUUUACCUGUGUUUUUUUCUGCAUGCAGUUACACUCAUUUAUAAUAUGUGUUCAUGACAGACACUGGAGAAAACAGUCUGCCAUGUUCAUAGACACAGACCAAAAGCCAUAUCAGAGUUUACCUGUCCUCUCAGUUCAUUUUUAUGUGUUACUGGCAACAUAUUUGACAAAGCUCUCUGUUGACUGCAUGAGAAUCAGAACUUACUUACAUACAAAUUUAGUCAGCAUGUCUGACAUACAUCAGCCUUAUGGUCAAAUAAAGUGCCCUUAUUCAUGAACUCUGCAAGUUGAUUAGUCUGUCUUUUUUCUUUUUUCUUUUUUUUUUGGUUCAGCACUCCUCAGGCAGACAUUGAUUUUGUGACUUGUGUCUUUACUUUCUUUUCUGCAGAGCUGAGUUUACUUUGUCUUUGACAACAGCAAAAGGCAGUUCUUAUUGAUGAAUGUGCAGCUUUUUGUGUGCAGUCUUUUAUUGUGAAUUGUAAAUGUCUUUAAUGGGGGAAUUUACUUUUCUGCUGUAACUUUCCUGUUAGGCGUUAAAAUUUAACACCUUUACAGUGUACAGUAGUGCAGCCUAUUUUUCGGUCGAGUGUAAUGUUUAGUAGCUACAUUUAUACAUUUAACUGAUUUAUUAUGACUUAUUUCUAAUAUAAGAAAAUGAAAAUGCACCUCUGAAUGCAGCUAUGGUUGCUAUGAUUCUGGAUAACUGUCUUUAUUGUCGGCUCUUUUUUUCCCCUUUCAGCUGACACUCAGAACAUGAUUGAACUUAUGACAGAAAGCUCCCAUGUUCCACUGCAACUUGGCAAUUAUGUGGUGAUUUUAUUUGGGUUUUUUCUCUCUCUCACACACAUUGUGUGAUAUUGAAAUGUUUGUCAUACCAGGUUGGAUUUCCAAAUUUUGUUUGCUAUUUCUGUGCGGGGGUUCUGUACUAGAUGAUGUACAGUAUAUCAUUGCAGAUUUGCUCUGCCCAAGUUUGUUCCCCUCAAUUUUAGUAUUGUAUUUCAUUUGUUUUAAGAAGUAAAGAUAUUUUCUUAUGCUGCA